UCGAGGAGGAGAAUCAGGACCACCUCGUUAGUAUCGCCACUUCACUUCCUCACUUACUCCCUUCGCUUCGCUUCUCUCGAGUGUGUCGCCGUCUCGCUUGUUGAUCCUCACUCUACUCCCACCUCGUCAUCGCAGCUUGUUUUUCAGCUCUUCUUCUCUUCUUCAUCCUUCCUUCCCUGUGUGUCCGCACCUCCAUCGCCCGCAUUGCUGCCCCCAUGGAGGCCCUCCAGCAGCUCGCCUCCUCCACGCGCGCUCGUGGCAUUGUCGCAUCUGGAAAUGGGGUGCAGCGUCAAUGCAGUGGUCAUGCUCCGGGUCUUUUGAGAGCUGCUAAGAAGAGCAUGCGAUGCAGCAGCGGUAGAUUUCAGGCCGGUUCACUCUCCUUGGAGCAUACCGUAGUUGCUGAGAAAAGGGGUAAAUCGAAAUCUCGCAAUGGAGCUCUAUCUGCAACUUGUGAAGGUGAAAAGAUUUUGGUUGCGAACAGGGGUGAAAUUGCAGUGCGUAUUAUUCGCACUGCUCAUGAGAUGGGCAUUCCGUGCGUGGCCGUGCAUUCUACGAUUGAUAGGCAAGCGCUGCACGUCCAGCUGGCCGAUCAAGCUGUAUGCAUUGGCGAAGCUCCCAGUAGCCAAUCGUACCUUAACAUUCCGAACAUAAUAACAGCAGCAAUCACUCAUAGGUGCACCAUGUUGCAUCCUGGUUACGGUUUCUUGGCGGAGAAUGCGACCUUCGUGGAUAUGUGCAAGGACCACGGUCUCAAUUUCAUUGGCCCGAACUCAGAUAGUAUCCGCGUUAUGGGGGAUAAGGCAACAGCUCGAGAGACAAUGAAAUCAGCUGGAGUACCUACUGUCCCAGGCAGCGAGGGUCUUAUUCAGACCACGGAGGAAGCAGUGCGAUUAGCCCACGAGAUUGGCUUCCCAGUCAUGAUCAAGGCAACGGCUGGAGGUGGUGGUCGUGGAAUGAGACUUGCAAAUGAGCCUGGAGAGUUUGUAAAGCUUUUGCAGCAAGCCAGGAGUGAAGCAGGGGCUGCUUUUGGAAAUGAUGGUGUGUAUCUUGAGAGAUAUAUCCAGAACCCCAGGCACAUUGAAUUUCAGGUUUUGGCCGACAAACAUGGAAACGUGGUUCAUUUUGGCGAACGUGAUUGCAGUAUUCAGAGAAGAAACCAAAAGCUCUUGGAAGAAGCCCCUUCUCCCGCCCUAACCCCUGAGUUGCGUAAAGCAAUGGGUGAUGCUGCCGUGGCUGCUACUGCCUCUAUUGGAUAUAUUGGAGUUGGUACAGUUGAGUUUCUACUUGAUGAGGGUGGCAAUUUCUACUUCAUGGAGAUGAACACGCGUAUUCAAGUGGAGCAUCCUGUGACAGAAAUGAUUUAUGCUGUUGAUCUGAUCGAGGAGCAAAUUCGGGCAGCAUUGGGAGAAAAGCUACGAUUCACUCAGGACGAUAUUGUAUUGAGGGGACAUUCUAUUGAGUGUCGUAUCAACGCAGAGGAUGCUUUCCAAGGCUUCCGCCCCGGACCAGGUCGUAUUACUGGCUAUUUGCCUCCUGGUGGCCCAUUUGUGAGGAUGGACAGCCACAUCUAUACAGACUACGUGGUGCCUCCCAGUUAUGAUUCGUUACUUGGAAAGCUAAUUGUUUGGGGUCCAACAAGGGAGAGAGCUAUUGAAAGGAUGAAGCGGGCUCUGAAUGACACAAUUAUCACAGGCAUACCUACUACUCUUGAUUAUCACAAGCUGAUCUUAGACAUCCAGGACUUCAAGGAUGGCAAAGUAGACACAGCCUUUAUCCCUAAACAUGAGGAAGACCUCCAAGCUCCACCAUCACUUCUACAAUCGUCAGCACCUGUUAAGGAAAUAUUAAAAGCUGCUGCAUAAGCUGCUUGAUGCUGCAUUCUAGACUUGGAAUUGUCAGCUUGCGGGAUCGUGAGUAUUGAUUUAGGUGAGGCUUGUUGCAUAGCUCAGCCACAUAUAGUUAGAUCAUUUAGAAGUGCAGUCCAUGAACUCGACAGUGACACCAGGAUAAAGGUACACAUUUAUCAAUAUGUAGUCUGCAACAUUAUUUCUGUAGCCUCAGUUGGGGUUUAAUGGCAUAAUUUUUUUCUUCUCCUUCUCGUGCUUUUUAGACAGGUUGUUAGUACAAGUGUAGUAUUAGUCCACCAUUGGAUGAAAGAUUUGUAGGAAUUCGACCCAAGACCUUUGUGAUCAAAAAUGUAAGAUCUAUUUGAAAGCUCAGUUUUUUGAUGCUACACUUCUGUGCA